UCGUGUGUUGACUUGCUUUUGUGAAUUUGUGCUGUGUUUUGAAGAAUAAAAUAUAUCGCAAAAAAUAAGCAGUACAUUACGAAUAUAAUUAUGUAAAAUGGCUUCAAAUGGAGAAAUCAUUCAAUAUGUGCCUUUUACGUCCUUCGUUCACCCAUCCUUUUGGCAUGCUCUUACUGAUAUGAAACUAGAGGUUGAUAGGCUGAACGAAACUACAAAACAAAUUUUUGGCCGAUUUACAUACCGUGAUGAUAUCGGGACUGUAUUUGAAGUUGACGGAACCUCGUUCAAUAAGGAACCCACCAAUCAGCAGCUUUAUGAAAAUGUUACGGGAACUAUAAUGAACAAGAACACAAUAGAAGAGUUUAAGAACAUAGAUAAAGCAGCAUUACUAAAUUCAAUUGGGGAAGCAAUAUGGGCUAACAUAAAGAAAAAAACAUGGAUCACAAACCCCAGGGCCUUGUUGAAUUUUAUCAUUCUUUCAUUUGCUGAUUUAAAGAAAUUCCACUACUACUACUGGUUUGCCUUCCCAUCACCGAGCCAACCGACAGUCUACCUCAAAGAGACCAACAGCAUAUCUUUAAGCUUCAGCAACAAACAGCUUGAAGAUCUUGCACAAGACUAUAAAAAACUAGACUCAAAUCAGAAAAACUUCUUUUUCAUCCUUCAAGAAAAUGAUAGUGUUGUAAUAAAAUCUUUAGCCGAACUAUUUGAUCCAAAUUUAGAAGUACAAAACGAUUUAAACAUUGACUUAUCUAGUCUUUACUUUGUGUUUGCUGAUCCAAGUAACGGAAACAAUCCAGGAUGGCCGCUACGGUCAUUUUUAGCAGCAUUACUUGAACAUUGCCCAAGUCUAUGCAAGACAGAUAUCCGGGUUAUAGGGCUGAGGUGCAGUGCUAGCGGUGCAGUGGAGAAAAGUUUGGUGUUUACUGUUUCUGUACCUGAGAAUGUGCAAGCAGUAGAGAGCGCCGGCUGGGUAGGCUGGGCGAGGAACGACCGAGGAAACUUCGGGCCCAAGCUGGCCAACAUGUCCGCGUCCAUGGACCCUAUCAAGUUAGCUGACACAUCAUCAGACCUGAACAUCAAGCUGAUGAAGUGGAGACUAGUACCGGAUCUUGAUGUGGAUGUCAUGAAGCGCACCAAGUGCCUACUGCUCGGCGCAGGCACGCUCGGGUGCCACGUAGCACGGGAUCUGCUGGCUUGGGGUUUCCGUCACAUCACCUUCGUGGACUACGGAAAAGUUACCUACUCGAACCCGACGCGGCAAGUCCUGUUCACGCACGACGAUUGCAGGGCCAGCCGGGGCAAAGCUGAUGCUGCUGCUGACAAUUUGAGAAAGAUUCUGCCUUCUGUAGAAACCCGCGGCAUUGCGCUACACAUCCCAAUGCCAGGGCAUCCAGUAGGCGAAUCUCUCCGCGCCGAAACUGCUGCCAACAUCAAAACUCUAACCGAAGAAAUACAAGCCCAUGAUGUGACAUUCUUGCUGUUAGAUACUAGAGAGGCGAGAUGGUUACCUACGCUUCUUGGUGCACAUUAUGGGAAGAUAGUAAUAAACGCAGCCCUUGGCUUCGACAGCUACCUAGUCAUGAGGCACGGGGCAUCCUCUCAACUACAGUCAGAUGCUGAACAGUCGAAUAUUGAACCGUCGGGCUCUAAACAGUCACCAGCUACAUACCUGCCGGGCGCUCAGCUGGGCUGUUACUUCUGCAAUGACGUCACUGCUCCGGGCAAUUCGCUGAAGGACCGUACAUUAGAUCAACAAUGCACAGUGACACGACCCGGCGCCGCGGCCGUGGCCGGCGCGCUUGCAGUUGAACUCCUCGCUGGACUCACGCAGCACCCACUCAGGGAACACGCUCCAGCCCUAUACAACCUGACGGACGAGUCAGACAUACCACCUCACCUCCAAGGCGUGCUUGGUCCUAUCCCCCACUCCAUCCGCGGUUUUCUCCACUCAUACCGCACAGUAGCACCCACCUGUGCGAAAUUCAACCACUGUAUAGCGUGCUCGGACUUAGUACUGGAGAAAUAUAGAAAAGAGGGGGAGGAAUUCGUGUUUAAAGUGCUCAAUAGUGGCAGCUACUUGGAAGAGGUUACUGGUUUGGCAGAGUUGCAGCUGACUGCUGAAAUGACUGAUAUACUCACAUUUUCGGAUGAAGAUGAAGAAUGAGCAGCUGAAAAAGUCUAUUUUACUCUCUAGAUAUUUGUUAAGCAUUUAAUUGUUAUUAUGAAUUUAUUCUCUAGAUACGCAUUUUAUAGUAUUUAUAUUCAAUAGCUUUGUCAAGCUUUAAAUGUACUUAUAUUUGUUACAACGCAACGUCUGAUGAGUUGCUAUGUGCUGAUUGUAUAUUUAUAUUACAUUUUAUUCAAAUAAAUUUUGAUAAAUCUGAGGAGGGUUCGUGGCUUGCAAUUUGGAAUAAUAUAAUUAUGUAUUCCUUUUGUUUAAUACGAUCACUGUCGCCUAUAAACUAACGAAACACCAGAAGGGUUGGAGUUGCGUUGCCGGUCUUUAAGAUGGGUGUACGCUCUUUUUUCAUCCCACCAUAUGUAUUAGUCUGCAAAAAUAAUUCUCGGUCGGAAGUGGAAUUUACGUAUAGCCGCAGCCGAAGAAGGUAGUCAAUAUUUGUGAAGCCGAGCCGACCGGUUGCCGAGUCAACGGUUAUAUUAUAGCUCUUUAGUUGUCACUAAGUAGGCCAUUAUUUUUGAGUGCUUUGCCCUAUGUUGUUCCGUCUAUUGUCCUUUGAGUCGUCGGCAACCCGAACCCUCCUUAGAACUUGUACACUCCUUUUUGCUGUGUACUUAACACAGCAAAAGGGAAUGUACAAGUUUCUAAUGGGGUGGCAAC